AUGCAUUUCUCAAGCUUCAUCGUUUCCAUGAUGACCGCUGGCGCCAUGGCCGCUCCCUGGGGCAACGGCAACAAGCACUACAACGAGGUCGUUGUUACCGAGUAUGAGUACGUCACUCACUACGUGACCGCUGGAGGCAACGCUCCCCAGGCCACCUACGUUCCCGAGCAGCCCGCCGCCCCCGUCCAGGAGUCGCAGCCCGCCCCCGUCG